AAUCUUACGCAAUAAAUAUUUAAAAAGUUUUCUAAUAAGAGCAAACAUAAUGCUCAAAUUUAUUCAAUUCAAGGAUUGAGAUGAGAAAAUAUGUAUGAAAUAGUAAAAUUAUUAUCCGCUGCUCUCAUAUUAAUUUGUGGGAGCAUGCUGAACAGUGUAUAGUGGUCUUUAUGUUAGUCGUUGGAAAUGUGUGGUUUUACUUUUGGUUUUAGAAAAAUGAGAAUGAAGUGACUUUGUAACGUGAGUUGUCUUACUAUUUUCAAGUUCGUGCACUUGUAGUAGGUACCGGUCGAGUUUGUUGUUUGACAGAUGUGAAUGUGUAUUGUCGUUUCCUAACGUAGACACUCAAUUUUGUUCAUUUUAUUUUUGUACAAUGGCAUUGCUUGUUUAACCGUGCUUGAUUCUUGUCGUCCGUGAUAACAAUAAUAAAAAACUCUUGCAGUUGUAUAAUAGGCAUUGUUUUCCAUUUAGUUUAGUAACCGUGAGCGCGCCCAGUCAGCACAAUGGGAACUCAAUAACAGUGAGUAUUCCCCACCUGAGGUCUGAGGCUGCAUCUGUAACGCGCCCGCGAGCACGUACGUUUGAAGCUGACUAUCGGCACUUUCUCUCGCUGAUGCGUUGCGAGUCGGUUACUCAAUACGCGUUGUGCAAAGACUGGUUGAAGUCGCCGAGUCGAUGUCGAUAUUUCAUAACGGUAGUACUUAAUCUGUGAGGGUUGAUGUCGGUCGUGCGAGGCUGAGAAUAGCUGGGCCAGUGUUUGAUGUGUAAUGUGUAAAAGUUUGGUGUGAUGGUGGAACGCGAGGGUAUGCGGCGCGGCAGCGGCGGCGGCUGUGGCUGGGGCGGCGGCGUGCUGGGCCGCUGGUCGCUGCGCCGCCUGCUGCUCGACAGCCCGCUCGUGGGCAGGAGGCUUGCACACACAGUAUUGGAGCAAGCAGACGGACGGCCCGCAAAAUUAAACAACGUAGAACAGCAAAAACAAACUACAGUAGAAUUUAUAGCAGAAGAUGAAGAGGGUGAUGGUCUCGAGUGUCCACUAUGCCUGUCGGUGUUCAGCUCGGCUGCGAUGGAGCGGCUCGCGUGGUGCUCGCACCGGUGCUGCGAGCCCUGCUUACGACAAUACCUUGCCAUCGAGAUCUUCGAGGCGAGGGUCCCAGUUAACUGCCCAGUUUGCCACGAGAGCAUGCACCCCUCAGACGUUCGUCGCAUCGUAGACAACCCGGUGCUGUACGAGAAGUACGAAGAGUUCUCCGUGAGACGCGCGCUCGCCGCCGACCCAGACACGCGGUGGUGCCCCGCGCCCGACUGCAGUUUCGCGGUGGUAGCGACGGGCUGCGCGUCGUGUCCGAAGCUGACGUGCCUGGCGCCGGGGUGCGGCGCGUCGUUCUGCUACCACUGCAAGGCGGCGUGGCACCCCACGCAGACCUGCGACGCCGCGCGCCGCAGCCGAGCGCCGCCGCCGCGCGCGCCGCAACCCUCGCAUCCAGAUAUUGACCAUGGUGACGUGAAGCCAUGCCCCAGAUGUUCCGUACUAAUAGUGAAGGUAGAGGACGGAUCCUGCAACCACAUGGUGUGCUGCGUCUGUGGCGCUGAGUUCUGUUGGCUGUGUAUGAAGGAAGUGUCAGACUUACAUUACUUGAGCCCCAGCGGAUGUACGUUCUGGGGCAAAAAGCCUUGGUCCCGGAAGAAAAAGUUGUUAUGGCAGCUGGGCACGCUGGCGGGCGCGCCGCUGGGCAUCGCGGUGGUGGCGGGCGUGGCGCUGCCCGCGCUGCUGGUGGGGCUGCCGCUGUGGGCGGGGCGGCGCGCGCACCGCCGCCUGCGCCGGGCGCCGGCCGCGCGCCGCCGCGCCGCCGUGGCCGCCGCCGUGGCUGCGGCGCUGCUGGUGUCGCCGCUGGUGGCGGGGCUGGCCGUGGGCAUCGGCGUGCCCAUCCUGUUGUUCUACGUGUACGGCGUGGUGCCGGUGUCGCUGUGCCGCGCGGGGGGCUGCGCCGGCGGGGCGCCGCCGCCCGCCGCCGCGCACUUCGACGACGACCGCGACCACGCGCCCGACCAGGACGCCGCAUCACGACGACUUGAACCCAGUAUAGGUGACGCAUCUUUGUCAGCGGGGUCCCACCACGCGGAGGUCCGCGCGCCGUCGCUGGCGGCGCUGGCGGGGUCGCUGGGCGGGCACGAGACGCACUCGCCGGCCGCGCACCGGCUGGAGGUGACGGCGGACGUGGCGGCGUCCGACACGGCCAGCGCCGCCAGCUGGCCCGACGACCUGCCGUCCACGUCGUCCCGCUCGGCGCGCCUGCGCAGCCUGUUCCUGUACGGCUCGGCCGUGCCGCCGCCCGACCCCGAGGCCGGCACGUCGCAGGGCGCGCCGCCCCUGCCGCCGCACGCCGUGGAGCUGAGCACGACGUGCGAGACGCGCGGCGCGCGCUGCGCCAGCCCGGCGGGCGGUAUGGGCGCGGCGGGCGGUACGGGCGCGGGCGGCGCGGGCGACGGCGCGUAACGAAGCGUCGGCUGCAGGGAGCGUGGGCCCCGGUUGCCAAAGGUCGAGCUCGCUGUCCCGGCCCUCCUGUAUUUUCGAUUUGAUUUAUUGUACGACGAUGUACGUCCGUAAUACGUAUUAGAAGUGCCGCGGCGCGCCGUUGUAUUGUAUUCACACUUGUCCGUCCGGCGUAAGUCCUCAUCCCGACUUUGAUUUAAAGUUUUGUGCCAAUCGCGUGUGAUUAUCUAGUACUUUGAAGCGACUCUGUGAUUUAAUUAUUUGAUAAAUGUAGCGAGUUUUCGAAGUAAAAUAAUAACCGGAGUCCAUGAUAGCGAUCCUGGGAGGUGGCAGUCCUAGAUAUACGAUAGAUGCUUCGCGCUUUCAGAGCAGUGUUACUCUAUCCAAUAUUUGUGAUACUUUGAAUAAUAAUUACUAUUAAUGAUCUAAAUUAUUUAAUUUUUCACGUUUGUAGGCGAAAAAUAAUCUUAAGCGAUAAUAAUUAUGUUAUGUGAAUCUAUAAAAUGUAAACUACGAUUAAAAUGUGAUUUAAAUUUA